UGGAGCCGCGGGCUGGCGGGCCGGGGUGCGGGGGAGCCCUCCCCUUCCCUUCCCGAGCGAGCCGGAGCCGGGGAAGGAGCCUCCUCCUCACCUCCUGCCCCGCCGGUGCCGCCAGCCGCCCGCAGCAUGAUCUGGAAAACUCUGCCGCUGCUCUGCGCCCUCAUGGCCGUCGCCCGCCUGCGAGCUGAGGAAGAGCCAAGGAGCAAAUCCAAGAUCUGUGCCAACGUUUUCUGCGGAGCUGGGCGGGAGUGUACAGUGACUGAGAAGGGAGAGCCAACCUGCCUCUGCAUUGAGCAAUGCAAACCUCACAAGAGGCCUGUGUGUGGUAGCAAUGGCAAGACGUACCUGAACCACUGUGAGCUGCACCGUGAUGCCUGCCUCACUGGCUCCAAGAUACAGGUGGAUCACGAUGGCCACUGUAAAGAGAAGAAGUCUGACAAUCCAGCUGCAAGUCCAGUCGUCUGCUACCAGUCGGACAGGGACGAGCUUCGUCGCCGUGUCAUCCAGUGGUUGGAGGCUGAGAUUAUCCCAGAUGGCUGGUUUUCCAAGGGCAGCAACUACAGCGAAGUCCUGGACAAGUAUUUCAAGAGCUUUGACAAUGGUGAUUCUCGCUUGGACUCCACUGAAUUCCUGAAGUUUGUGGAGCAGAAUGAGACCGCUGUCAACAUCACCACCUACAUGGACCAGGAGACCAACAAGCUGCUCAGGGGACUCUGCGUAGAUGCCCUCAUCGAGCUGUCAGAUGAAAAUGCUGACUGGAAGCUCAGCUUCAAUGAAUUUCUCAAGUGCCUCAGCCCAUCCUUCAACCCACCAGAGAAAAAGUGUGCCCUGGAAGAUGAAACCUAUGAGGACGGAGCAGAGACCCAGGUGGAGUGCAACCGCUGCGUCUGUGCCUGUGGGAACUGGGUGUGCACUGCCAUGACAUGCGAGGGGAAGAAUGAGAAGGUGCCUGCUCAGAGACAGCGACCUGAUCAAGACUUGACUGAGGAGGAGCUGGCUAGAUACAUUCAGGAACUGCAGAAGCAUCAGGAGACGGCUGAGAAGACCAAGAGAAUGAGCACCAAGGAGAUGUAAGGGGCCUCCACACCGGAGGAGCCCAGGAGGAUGGGCCCAACCUGCCACCCUGUCCUCCAGUGCUGAUCUCAGUAUGCACAAGUGUCUGCUACAGUUGCCCAGUCACAGAUAUUUACAUUGUAUAGCGAUGGGUUAUUUGUUUUGUAAUACACAGAGAAUGGGGCCAGGAAAGGGGAGUAGAGCCCACCUGUUCAGGGAGCUUCAUUGCUGGGGCCUUCGAAGGCUCAGAGGGACUUACGGCAGCCUCUGGGACCCUUUCCCAGACCAGGCAGCUGCUCCCUCCAAAAAUUAACAGGUAUUUCUUGUUCCCCUGGAUCCGGGGAAAGGACGGAGGUCAGUGCUGGAUGGAAAAGGGGGUCUUCAAUCGAUACAAUUUUCAGCACCAGCCUUGGCUGCAGAAAUACGGGCCUGGCAGUUUUGUGGCUGAGCACGUGUGCUGCAGGGCAUCAUUAGCCAAGGACCUUGCCCUGCUUACCCUCCCUUUUGGUUCUUGCUCCUCAAAGCUGGUCAGCCUGGUGUGACACCUGGAAGUCGUGGUGCCAUGCUUCUGGCAUGAGUCCAGCACGUUCCUCCUUGCUUUCCACCACUGUCCCCAGCAGCUCCUCCAGUACAUUGUGGGCUCCAACACAACAUGGUUCCUUUUGACCUCAUCUCACUCUUACUCUCCCUGCCCCCUCCUUAGAGGUGCUAUCAUGUUUUUUUCUUAUCACAUUGACAUGCUGACUCCCCCUUUUGUUUUGGUUGUUUGGGUUUUUUUAUUACUUUAUUUCCUAUGGUAGUAAUUCAGCUUUUGUAUGUUUCGUAGCUCUAGGUCUUUCAAGAAAACCCAGCCUGUGGGGUUUUUUUAUUGACAGUGCUGUAAUGCCCAUACACAGUUUGUAUCGCACUGCGCUCAGACACCGCAGACACCACAAGCAACUUGUGAGCCCUGCACUACAGGGUAUUUCUCAGCUGGGGAUAGCAAUGUCCCUCGUGGGAAGAAGAGACAGGGCUGGAUGUAGUUAGUUUCACCAGGCACAGAUUGACACUGCAGCUCUCUAGCUCUUGGUCCCUUAGCUAGCGUUGACCACGUGCUCAAGGUCCAUGCUCAGGCCUCUCUAAAUUGCCCAGAAAGAAGUGCCAGGUAGUCUAGAGACAGAAGGACCGGGCCAUCCUGUUAGUAGGGUAUCUUAAAAGACUUACCUACAUGGAAAUCUGUUUAGUGGGAGUCUGGGCUCUUAGCCAUCAUCUUGGGCUUUCCAUUUCCAUCUGGGGUGAGGCAGCAGCAUUAGUCUUUGAUUCCAGCUCUGAGUUUGGAGUCAGGGCUGGAAGCCUCAUUACUGAUGCGUUUUAGAGUUUGAUCAGACCAUCUCUAGCCACCCUCACAUCCAUCCCUUCAUGGGUCUUUUUUGUCUGAUUUUUUUCUCAGAGCAUUGGUCCUAGAUAGAUACAAAUGAAAUGCUGUUUCGUUGACAAUCACCUCUGUAGCCUCAAGCCCAGCUCAUUUUCUCCUGCAGUUGUCGAAUGUACUUCAUGCACUCACACACCUGAACAUCUAGUUUCCACAUUCCCUUCAUGCCCCAGCUGUGCAUCCCAAGCAGUUGCAUGUACCCCGAGAUGACUGCUAGUGACUUCCAUCUUCCCUCUGUGAGCAACUUCAGCGGUUGUUGCCAGGUUUCUUGCAGUCCCUAGUGCUUCCUCAAGCAAAACUCCACUUGCAUCUGCAAAAGAAACGUUCUGCUUGAGUAAAGGUCAGCAGGACUUUUGUCCCAACCUUCCCCUUUUUGCACAGCGCUUUCCUUGGAGAGGAAGAAUGAACUGGUACGUAGCACGUGUAGGAAGAGAGGAAGGCUUGGUCCCUCCUGUGGUCUUGCCUGUGAGCCAGGUUUAUUAAAGGCUCUCUGGUCUUGUAGCUGUUUUCCUGUUGUGAACCCAGAGGAUUCCUAUUGCCUUUGGCACAGUGCCGCACUUCCAGUGAGAAUCAUAAUCUACCCCGCCGUGCUUGGAGGUUUGGGCAUAGUAAAUACAAAAGGGGGCUGGUUCUUUUCCCAUGGGGGUCUGGAUUUGAGAAGCUGUUGCCUGUGAAGGUGAGGGGAAUGCAUCCACAGGAGCUGAGGGUAACAUGGACAGCGCUGCACUGGGACAGAGUCGCUGUGUCCUGGUGGCGCUGGAGGAAGCAGCUGGUGGAAUAGGAGCACCCGUUAGGUGUGCCCUAUUAGGAGCACCCUUGCUUCUCCCCAACUGUAUGAGCAAAAGAGCCUCAUGUGCUGGAUCUGGCAAAAGAGCCUCAUGUGCUAUUCUGACCCCACUCUGAAAAGCAGUUUGUGCCUCCCAGCUCACUUCCUUCCAGCUUGGAUCAUUAAAGUGCCUUAGAGGAAACAACAGCUUGCCUUAAAGGCUUUCCCUGGAUGGGGAUAACAUCUUAUUGUCCAGACAGGAAUAUCUCCAACUGGAGGAACCAGAGCACACGCAGGAGCUCGGAGGCUAAUCCACUGCAGAAGGGCUUGUGUAGGCUGCGUUACGCAAUGCGUUCUCUGGUCCCCUUCCUGUCUCCUGUGGAUGUGCUGUUGUGAGGAUGGCUGCUGGGGGCAGCUGGAGAGGUGGGUGCUGGCAGGUGAGGUUUACAGAGCUUGUGCUUGCACCAAAGGUGGAGGGGUGGCUGCUAGCUCGGGCGAGGCGAGCUGGGCUCUCUGACAAGCUAUACAGCCUAGCCUCGGGUAGCCUGGGCCAGCGGGGCGGGAGCACCCGAAACGGGCCCCCACGGAAAGGGCCGCUGCCUGCAGAGUCUUUUCUUCCUUGUGCUCUGCGGAGCCUUUUCCUCCUUGCGCCCUCAAAGGGAAGCGCAGAGAGCGAUGCUGGUUCUAAGGGCUACAGUCCCCAAAGGGGACCGAAACAUCUCGCCGCCAUGCCGAGGGGAAGGGCAGCGUUAGGUGUGCGAUGCCCAGGCCGUACCCUGCAGCAGGCUGGUCGGUUGGUAACUUCUGCAGGGUGACGUGGCUGCUGGGGAAGGAAGUGCUGGAUUCCAGCCAUUGCCCUCUGGGACAAUUGCUGUACAGACUGCAAGGGGCAGGGAAGGCAUUUGGUUUGGGGUUUGGUUUUUGUCGUUCUCUUUCCAAAAAAAACAAAUUUAAGCAACAAACAAAAAAGUCCCACUCCUCCCUUUGUAUUCCCUCCUGUACAUGUGUGAAAUUUAUCAGUAUUCUGUAGGUUUCCUUAGUGCACUUAUUUUACUUGAUUUUGUAAUUUUUUUUUGAAGCAGGGGGGUUUGGAUAUUACUGCCAAAUAAAUGAAACAAAAUUUAAAAAACAA